CACAGCUAUUUUUAACGUGCUAACACCUACAGUGGAGCACCCAUAGGGAGACACAUCUUAGAGAACCAUUGUUACUGCACAAGUUGAGUAAGUUCUUCUUUUGCGUGUUACCUGAUCUCACUGGUUUUCUUUCCCCUGAGCAGGGUUUCCAGUUUCCAAACCCGAUGUCAUCUCCCAGCUGGAACGAGGGGAAGAGCCGUGGGCCCCAGAUCUCCAGGGCUCAGAGGAAAGAGAGAUCCAGAGAGGCAGCUGUAUGGCAGGUGAGGGGAUGGUCAGAGAGACCAUGGAGCAGAAGCCUCAGCAGGAAGAGGAGCAAGUGAAAGCAUGUGGGGCAUUGUUGCAAAGAUGCAAAGGGAGUGUGUCCAGGAAUUGUGAGCAGGGAAAAGGCUCUCAGGGGCAGCACAGGCCACAGAAGCGGCAGGGAAACCAGCCAGCACAGAAAGUUGGAAUAUCUGUUAAUUAUCGGGAAACUCACAAAGGCCUCGAGGAAGCCACGGCCCAGCAGAGAAUCCUGACGGGAGAGAGAAAUAACAUGGGCUUUGAGUGUGGGAAAAAGUUCAGGAGGCGCUCACGUCAUCAGAGAAUCCACACCGGAGUGAGACCCUAUGGAUGCUGCGAGUGCGGGAAAACCUUCACUGAGCGCUCAACCCUUAUUCGCCAUCAGAGGAUCCACACAGGGGAGAAACCCCAUGAAUGCCACGAGUGCGGGAAAACCUUCGCUCAGCGCUCACACCUUAUUUGCCAUCAGAGGAUCCACACAGGGGAGAAACCCUAUGGAUGCUGUGAGUGCGGGAAAACCUUCACUGAGCGCUCGCACCUUAUUUGCCAUCAGAGAAUCCACAAAGGGCAGCGCCCCUAUGGAUGCUGCGAGUGUGAGAAAACCUUCACUCAGCAUUCAAAUCUCAUUGCACAUCAGAGGAGUCACACAAGGGAGAAACCCUAUAAAUGCUAUGAGUGUGGGAAAACCUUCUCUUGGCACUCAGCCCUUAUAAAACAUUGGAGGAUCCACACAGGUGAGAAACCCUACAAAUGCCACGAGUGCGGGAAAGCCUUCAUUGACAGCUCACACCUUACUUGCCAUCAGAGAAUCCACACAGGGGAGAAACCCUAUGGAUGCUGCGAGUGCGGGAAAACCUUCGCUCGGAAAUCUGGCCUUACUACACAUCAGAGGAUCCACACAGGGGAGAAACCCUAUGAAUGCCGGGAGUGCGGGAAAACCUUCCAUCACAGCUUUUCUCUUAUGUAUCACCAGAGAAGCUGCAAGGGAGAUAAACACCAUGAAAAUCUUGUCUAGGACUCAGAAAAGAUUCCUCCCCCCGCCUUUCCCUAAUUCCAAAGUAGUGAACUUUAAGGCAGCAUUUGUGGCGUCUCAGCUCCCUCACCACUGGACACAACCUCCAUUACUUUUCCUAGUCUAACCAAUUUUGGAGCAUCACGUUUAUACUUUUCCUCCCACUGCAAAGUGAGUGUUAGUCACCAGGUUCCCCCAUUAGGGACAGAUUGCCUCGUUCCCAGAUUGCACUGGGUUCUGCUGAAUAGCAGUUGGGUCUUGUGCCCUUUCUCUCAAUGUAAAUAUAACAGAGAAGGAGUGAGGAUAGAGGGUGUGAUGAAGUGGGGAUUUUCCCUUGUUAUGUUGUUAUGGGGGUUGGACUAGAUGACCUCCUGAGGUCCCUUCCAACCCUGAGAUUCUAUGUGAGUCUUACUGUUGAGCCUAUGUGAGUUUUACAUGAAUACUGUGUGUGCCUCAGUUUCCCUGUGUGCUGCACCAAUACCUGGGUGCUGGGAAUAGGGGUGUGUGACUGUGACGAAGUGGGAAUGUUCUCAAUGUUUUCUUUGAAUACUGGGUGGGUGCCUGUGCCCAGUAGGGAGUGUUGACCUGGGAAGGUAGCAGGGGAGGUUUAUUGGGACUGGCUGCAUUGGGGAUGGGAGACUUUCCUUGAGGGAAGAUACCUGAGCCUGUAACAUGAGAACCCAGGAGGGAGGUUGGAGCCAGGUGACACCUCUGCCUGGGAAACUGGACAAAGGCUGGGGGAGGAGCCGGGGGAGGCUGGGGGAGACUGCUGGAGGGAGGUUCAGUUUGGAGAUGGCUGGGGAAAUGGAGCGGAGCCAGACGAGGCUCUGGUCUUCCUGCCUCCCCAGAAUGGACCCGGCCGAGGGGUCCCGUUCUCUGUACCUACAAGCUCUGUUUUAG